ACUUAGAAAGAUAAUGGAGAUUAGUAAUUACAUUAUGGAUUUGAUUCGACAUCCCCAUCUACACCCACCAAUCACCAUCAUCUCAAAACCCUUUCAAAAUCAAAGAUUUAAACUCACAUCCCAAUUCCCCAACUCCCUCUUAAUUAAGGCUUUGUUUGAUUGGUUGCAAAAUUAAGUGCUCUGUUUUACCUUUUUUUCACUUCAUCCCUUCAUUCUAAAUUUCUCUCAUUCUCAUAGAGAAAUGAAGAUUGAAUCCCAUAACCCAUUUUUCUUCAGAAAGCAUAGAUAUGUUGUUCUAAAAUGUGCCCUCUUUUUACUCUUUGCUGCUCUUUCAUUUCACAUUUUUCUUUCUGUUUCUUUCAAACUAGUUUCAUCCUCAAUUCAGAACACUGUUGCAGAGUCUCCUCUUGAUUCCACUCCCAUUUUACAAGAUUUGGCUCAAAUCCAACCUCAAAAUGAUAGUAGUGCAGAAUGUGAUAUAUUUGUGGGGGAAUGGGUUGCAGACCCUACAGGACCUUCUUACACAAAUGAGAGUUGCCAUGUCAUUGAAUCUCAUCAGAAUUGUAUGCGGAACGGGCGGCCCGACACCGGUUAUCUUUACUGGAGAUGGAAACCACUGGACUGCGAGUUGCCGAGGUUCGAUCCCGGGAAGUUUCUUCAUCUAAUGAGGAACAAAUCAUGGGCUUUCAUUGGCGAUUCCAUCCAACGUAACCAUGUUCAGUCAUUGCUUUGCAUUCUUUCUCAGGUGGAGCAAGCGAUUGAGGUCUACCAUGAUGAAGAGUACAGAUCCAAAAAAUGGCACUUCCCAUCUCACAACUUCACACUUUCAGUCAUUUGGGCUCCCUUCCUAACCAAAGCAGCCAUUUUUGAGGAUAUAAAUGGAGUUUCUAGUUCCGAGAUCAAGCUGCAUGUCGACAUGCUCAACGAAGAAUGGACAUCCCAGUACAAGGAUCUUGACUAUGUUGUAGUUGCUGGUGGGAAAUGGUUUUUGAAGUCUGCUAUAUACUAUGAAAACGACACUGUGAUCGGCUGCCAUAACUGCUUGGAAAAGAACGUGACAGACCUCGGGUUUGAAUAUGCGUAUCGAAAAGCUAUCAGCUUGGUAUUUGACUACAUUACAAGUUCUCAUCACAACGCAUUUGUUUUGUUUAGAACCACCACACCAGAUCAUUUUGAGAAUGGAGAAUGGUUCACUGGAGGGCAAUGCAACAGGACAGUGCCCUAUAAAGGAGGGGAGGUUGAUAUGAAAGAUGUGGAUAUAGCAAUGAGGAAUAUUGAACUGGAAGAGUUUCAGAAGAUUGUUAGCUCCAGAAAUGGAAAGGCCCAAACUUUGAAGCUUCUCGACACGACGCGACUCUCGUUGUUGAGACCCGAUGGCCAUCCAGGUUCAUAUAGGCAAUUCCAUCCAUUUUCUCGUGGAAAUGAAAAAGUUCAGACUGAUUGUUUACAUUGGUGUUUACCAGGUCCAAUAGACUCCUGGAAUGAUUUGCUAUUCCAAUUGUUGAUUCAUGAUGUAACAGCCUGAGGAUUCAAAGGAUUUUGCCAUUUUUUCACAACAUUGCAAUACAAAGUGACAUUAUUUCUAAGGA